UCUUAUGUUGUGUUUGACAGCAUUCUCAACAACAAUCGCAUCAAAAGGAUUGCCAACUCAGGAAUAUUUAAAAAGUUGUCGAUUCUUCAGGAAUUAGAUCUCCGCAAUAAUGAGAUCACAGACAUAGAGGACGACUCGUUUUCUGGCGCCCAUUCACUCGCAGACCUUUUGAUCACUGAAAACAAGUUGAAUCAAAUCAGACCCGAGAUGUUGGCCGGACUCAAGAACAUUACCAAUGUG